CCAAAUCGCGCACAUACAACCUUGAUUCUGGACAUACACUCCCCUCGAUUGCGUAAAUGUGUUUUCUUAUUGGUUAAGUUUCGCAAUUUACUGGCGACUCUGGAAGAUUAUUGGACGAAGCCGAUGUCAGUCAAAGCAACCAACCAAUUAUCGAAACCAUGAGUAAAGGUAAAUUUGAAUUAUAGUUUGGUGGACUCGCAAACGGUAGUCAAUUUAGAUCUUCGUGUACGUACUUUUGUACAUUAUUUUCGUUGACUCGCUGCAUGAUAUAACUCAGAUGAUAAAAGCAUUGCCUUAGAACUACCCAUUAUCGAACUGCUCGGAGUGAAAUUUUAGUUGCGGUGACUAUAAGAAAAUGUGGUAACGCCUCUCAGAUUUUAAUCUCGCGUUAUUUCGGUUCUCUUUGGCGCCAGACUAUGUGUGUUGAAGUGUGGCGUUGCAGUGAGUGUCACAUUUAAGUUCUCUUACUUUAAAAAUUGUGCAUGUAUAUAUCAUCACUCCUUUGUAUUUGUAAACAACUCCUGCGAUGUUAGAAUUUGACGACUUACUUUGCUAUUAGAAACGGGCAAAAGAACUGAUAUGUUAUCUGUCAACAGAUUUUAUGUUUUCAUUUUAUAUCAACUGGGCAUAAAUUAAUAAUUAAAUGUACGGUUAGCUGGAUACUGUCGAACAUAUAUAUAAAAGACAAGCAGUAUCAUCACGACGCCUCGUAAACAGUUAUCGAUCCCAAAAAAUCACGUGCUGUGAAGCCGGAAGAUGGACACUCUGAGCAUGGUACAGAGGGCUCAGAUGUGGCUGAAAUCCACCUGGCACAUUCAAGUGCCAUUUUCUUGGCUGGAAGCUUGUGUGGACUGGAUUCAGGGGGAGAGCAGAAGCUCCCGUUUGUCCCAGAAUGAAGUAAACCAGCAGGUCCUGGAGCAGUGGCUGUUCACAGACCUCCGUGACCUUUCCUAUCCUACUCUUCCUGACCGUGUCUCAGUGGCGCUGAAGACGGAGGUGAGCGGCUUCUAUUGCCUUCAGAUGGAUUCUGUGCUGGACAUCAGCCAGCCAGCCUACAGCCAGCUGCAGCAGUGGAGGGGAAAAGAAUGCUCCAAUGACACUGUGUCAGCUGACACACAGGCCACCCAGAGGGCCUGGGAGUUGAAACCAACACGCAUGCUGCUGCUGCAGCUCACUGACGGGGUUCAAAUCUUGGAGGGGAUGGAGUACCAGCCAAUACCGUUCCUGAACGUUAAUCUCCGUCCUGGCACCAAGAUCCUGCUUCAGGGAACGGUGGCCUGUCGUCUCGGCGUGCUCCUCCUUAAGCCAGGGAACAUGAAAGUGAUUGGAGGAGAAGUGGAGAACUUGCUAGAGCAGAAUUCCCAGGGCAACGUGCUCUGCCGCUCACUCCACCUGCCAGGAGAACGGCCUCAGGAAAAUGCCGAGCAGGGGGUCGAACCACGUCGUGCUGAAGAGACCCUGAGUGAUGAGGAGCUUCUUGCUGGCUUAGAAGAGCAUCAGAUGAGCGUGGAAGUGACUGCAGAAAGUGGGUACAGCAGCCGGAGUAGAGCUUCCAGUGGAACAGGCCACGUGCCUUCCAGCUCACACCUGGGAGUCUCGUCAGUGGAGGGUUCAGUGUCAGGAACAACAGUCGAGUCAGCAGCCGACUACCCUCAAGUGGAGCUUCUGGAUGAAGACUUUGAUAUUCCUUUUGAGGAGUUUGAUGAACCAUUUUCUGACAACAUAUUUGCAGCUAGUACUGGGCAGACUUUCAUCAACCAUGUGUCCGCUACAGCCUCAACGUACACUUCAGAUAUGCCGACUGACAGAGCCGGCGAGCAAAGUAACACUUUUACGGAAAAUGCUUUUGUAGAUUGCAUGCCCCAUACUGUUGAUGUUGGCCUGGAUUCGCCGCCUUUCACUUACCUCUCGGUUCUGCAGGCGGAUAAAACACCUGGAGUUAAAGUGGUGAGAGUGAAAGCUUUUAUAAUUACACUCUUGGGAAGCCUCCGGAAAAGCACUGGAAAGUGGCAGGUGAGAGUCACCAUUUCUGACGGCUCCCAUUACUUGGACGCCGAUCUGUCAGACUGUGUUCUUGCCAGUCUAAUCGGCUUUUCGGUCGCACAGUCUAAGGCUUUAAAGAAGGACCCAGAGCAGCGCAGAAAGGUAACUGCAGGGCUGCAGUAUUGCCAAAAGGAGCUAGUCGACAUGUGCUGUAUCAUGACGUUGGAGUACGACUCUGUCACUGCAAAGGCGGAGGUGAUCAGGGUAGAGGAGGCCUCCUCGCAAGACAGCAGGGCCUUGGAGAAUCGCGUGAAGAACAGGAUGAAGUCAUAAAACACCCAUAUCUAAUAAGAUAUCUUGGGCUUCGGUUUUAACUCAUUGUAUGCCUUGUGGGAUGGCUUUGUGUAACUGUAAUUUGUAUUCGGUUUUUAAAAUAUGUUCCUCGAAGAUGACCAAUAAAUAGUGUGAGCAGUUAAAA